UGGGGCUCGGUGUCAGGGCUGACCCCAGCUUUUAGCCAUGGGGCCACUGGGCUGGGGCCCUCUGUGCACUAGCAGCCCCACACUACGGUGCUGCCUGACCACUAAAUAUGCCCCGUCCCAAGCAAAGGGGUCCCUGAGGCUGGGACCUACUGGGGAGAUCUGCUCCGCUCUGCCCCCUUGGGCAUCCUGGGCUCCCUCACCUUCCCUGCCUUGGUCCCCUGCUGGAGAGCAGGCUGGCAGUGUGGGAAUGGGAUGACAGGCAAUCAUAGGGAGGUCUCCAAAAAUUUGGGGAAGGAUGGACAUGAAGCAAAAGGACAUACGUGAGGGCUGGAUGUGGCUUAGCUCUCACCACCCCCCUGGGCUCCAUCCCAUGAGCCUGGACCCUCUCCAGCAGCGGGGUCUGAGCCUGCUGCCACCAGCCUGGGAAGUCACCACCCCUUCUGGGGGCACCAGGCUGUGGCUCAACCUGGGCUAAAACCACCAGCACAACCAUCUUUUGGCACUGAGGAUCCUGAGGUGGGAUCCGUCCCAUCACUGCCAGACCCUGGGACCAGCAGGAACAGCUGCGAGGGGGGCCCCAGGGGCAACUCAGCUCCCCCCUCCCCAGACAGAACAGCGGGCAUGGGGCAGCACCCAGUCCCGGUGUGCUCUGGGCAGGGUUUCACACAAAGCUGCAUUCAUUCGGGACCGGGCAACUGGGGGGGACAGGGCCAGCACUGUCACCUAACCCGGGUACAGGUUAUCCCUGCUCUUGUGUAACCUGUUGCAUAAAGGUAGGGCGGGCAGGGGUGCUGCCAGCAGUGGGGGCUAUAAAGGUGGGUGCAGCCUCUCCUGCCCACAUCUACUCCCAGAGCGAGGAUGACGGUGGCACUGCCCAGCCUGGCGCUGACCCUGCUCUGCCUGCUGCGGGCAGGGGCUGAGGUCCCCGUGCAGCCAGACUUCGACACCGAGAAGUUUGCAGGGAUGUGGUAUGUCACAGCCACGGCUUCCAACUGCUCCGUCUUCCUGAAGAUGAAGGACGGGAUGAAGUCGUCCAUCACCACCAUCAGCUUCACACCAGAGGGGGAUCUGGCCAUGAAGUUGGUCUGGCCCCUGCUGGACAAAUGCCAAAAGUUUGAGCUGCUCUUCCAGCAGAGCGGGCAGGCAGGGCACUACAUGGCACAAGAGAAGAGGGACCUGCUCGUGAUGGAGACAGACUACGGCCACUAUGCCAUCCUGCACGAGGCCCAUCACAGCGAGACAGAGCCCAGCACCGCGCUGCAGCUCCUCAGUGGGUGUUGGAGCAGGGACAGGCACCCACAGCUCCGAGAAGGGAUGGGGGCACCAAUGGGGAGUGAGGGCUGGGCUCUCCACCACCACCCAGGGCCACCACCAGUACCCAAUGUCCAGUACUCCAAGAAUUAAUUUUGGGGUGAAUGAAACCUUUCACCAAAGAUAUCUCUGGUUGGUUGUGGAUUGAACCAGACCUCCUUGCAGUGUGCCAGCCCAGCUGUGGACCCCCAACCCUGCCAGCCACCCCAUAGCACCCCAGGCAGAUGGGUCACUCAUCCCAAGGGGCUUGUGCCCCUUUGCUGCCAGCCCAGGGCACUGUGGGUUGCCUGAUGUCCACUCUGCACCUUCAUGGCUUCACCUUAGCCCUUGUCUGGGGCCCAAUCACUGCCCUGUGGUAGCUGGACUCCUGGGGUGGGGCUGGCUGCCAGGACCCCCUGCACUCACUAGCCCCCACUUUGCAUGUCU